CGAAACACCAUCCCCUCCCCUCCCCCACUCUCUCUCUAUCUCUCUCUCGCCUCUGCAUCCUCUCUCCGUGUCCCAUUAACCGAACACAUCCCCCUCCCUCUCUUCUGGAUCACCAAAACAUCAAAAAUAGAAAAACAUCCCCCGUCUCUUUCUCUCCUCCCUUCGUCCCUCUCUCUCUCCCCUACAUGUCCCAAUGCUUGUCCCAAUUCUCGGCCACCCGUCGGCCGACCACGCUACUGGCCUUAAAGAGCACCCUAAAUCCCCAAACCUCAAAUCCCUAUUAAAAUCAUUCCUAUCCCGCCUAUCCCCAAUCCAUCGCACCUUCCUCUUCCUCCUUAUCCUCUUCCAACUCUUCCUCGUCCUCUACUUCACUCGCACCCCCAAUCUCUCCCUAUCCCUUUCCCCUCAACCCACCCCCCCUCAAUUACUCACGUCUCAAUCCUCGCAACAACAAUUCCAAUCCUCAGAAUCAGAUGGAGAAGAGAUUCAGGCCUCGGAUGAGACGAAAUUUGAAGCCACGGAAUUGGAUCAAGAAAAGUUUCAAGCCUCCGCAGCGGAAUCUCAAGCCUCGGAACAAGAGGGGAAUCAAAUCCAAGCAGCGGAAUGCGAUGGCCGUCGGAUAUACGUCUACGACAUGCCCCCCAGGUUCAAUUACGAUCUGCAGAACAAGUGCGACAAAUUGGACCCGUGGCACGACAAGUGCGACAAGAAUGUGAACGAGGGGUUCGGGCCGGAGGCCCGGGAGCUGGCCGGGAUCGUGCCGGAGAGUAUUCUGCCGGCUUGGUACUGGACCGACCAUUACUGGGGGGAGGUGGUGUACCACAGGAGGAUGUUGGAUUACAAGUGCCGAACCCUAGAGCCGGAAUCCGCUGCGGCGUUCUACAUUCCGUUUUACGCUGGGCUGGCGAUUGGGGGGUACCUGUGGGGCAAUCACAACGCGAGCGAGAGGGAUUGGCCUUGCGAGCAAAUGAUUGAGUGGGUCCAGGGGCAGAAGUGGUGGAAGAGAUCCAACGGCUCCGAUCACCUCAUCAUGCUUGGGCGGUUGACUUGGGCGUUUCGACGGUUGAGAAAAGAUCCCGGGUGGGGGUCGAGCUUCAUCCACAUGCCGGAGAUGAAGAACGUCGUCCGUUUGGCCGUCGAGCGGAACGUGUGGGACGAUUUGGAGGUCGCCGUGCCCUACCCGACGAUAUUCCACCCGAGGUCGGCGUCGGAUAUCGUUGAGUGGCAGCGGUUUGUCCGGGGCCAACGCCGGGACCACCUAUUCGCGCUUGUGGGCGGGGCCCGCGCGUCGAUCCGGAACGAUUUCCGGGGGGUCCUGCAGGGCCAGUGCCUCGGCGCGGGGGCCGCGUGCCGGCACGUGGACUGCGCCCGGGAGAACUGCCUCGACGGGACGACGGCGAUCAUGUCGGCGUUCCUCGGCUCCGAUUUCUGCCUCCAGCCGAGGGGGGACGGGUUCACGCGGCGGUCGGUCUUCGACUGCAUGAUGGCCGGUUCGAUCCCGGUUUUCUUCUGGAGGCGGACGGCAUACUUGCAGUACGAGCGAGAGUGGUUUUUACCGGGUGAACCGGAGAGUUACUCGGUUUUUAUACCACGUGACGAUGUGCGUAACGGAACAGAUAUAAGGAAAGUGUUGGAAGGGUAUGGAAGGGAGGAAGUGCAAAGGAUGAGAGAAAAAGUAAUAGAAUAUAUACCGAGAUUUCUGUAUGCAAAAUCAAGUAAAGGGUUAGAGAAUACAAGAGACGCUUUUGAUAUUGCUAUUGAUGGAGUAUUGAGCAAAUACAAGGAUCACAUGGAGAGUGGUAGAAUUGGGAAUCGAAUUGAAAUAUGAGUACUGAUAAUUAAUAAAAAUCAAUACAUUGUUUUAUUUGUAUCAUAAUAAUAUUGUAUCCCUUAAUUUAAUUUAAUACUACAAUUUGAGUUUGAUUGUUUUUUUCA